AUGGAGGCGCCCGGGGAGCGGGGGGAGCUGGCCCGGCUGCGCUCGGUCUUCGCCGCGUGCGACGCGAACCGCUCAGGGCGCCUGGAGCGCGACGAGUUCGGGGCGCUGUGCGCGGAGCUGCGCGUGCGUCCGGCCGAAGCCGAGGCCGUGUUCCGGCGCCUGGACGCCGACCGCGACGGCGCCAUCACCUUCCAGGAGUUCGCGCGCGGCUUCCGCGGGGCCCGCCGCGGGGACACGGAGGAGGACGAGGAGGACGGGGACGCGGCGGCGGCGAGCCCCGGCCGGGCGUGGCAGGACUUCCAGGCGCGACUCGGGGACGAAGCCAGGUUCAUCCCCAGAAAAGAACAAGUUAGUACCCUGUAUCAAAACAUCAACCUCUUGGAGCCGAGACUAAUUCAGCCAUAUGAACACAUUAUAAUGAACUUUAUCCGUGAGAUCAAACUUCAGAGCACAGAGAUGGAAAGCCUGGCCAUUGCAGUGAAGAGAGCCCAGGACAAGGCAGCCAUGCAGCUGAAUGAGUUGGAAGAGGAAAUGGAUCAGAGGAUUCAGGCUGCAGAACAGAAGACACGGAAAGAUGAAAAACGCAAAGCCGAAGAAGCCCUCAGUGACCUCAGACGUCAGUAUGAAACGGAGGUAGGAGAUCUCCAGGUGACCAUAAAGAAACUAAAAAAGCUCGAAGAACAGUCAAAACACAUAAGUCAAAAGGAAGAUGUGGCUGCAUUAAAAAAGCAAAUUUACGAUUUAUCAAUGGAAAAUCAGAAAGUUAAGAAAGAUCUUUUAGAAGCACAGACAAACAUAGCCUUUCUUCAGAGCGAAUUAGAUGCUUUGAAAAGUGAUUAUGCUGAUCAGAGUCUGAAUUCCGAAAGGGAUCUGGAAAUAAUCCGCGAGUACACGGAAGAUCGAAAUAGUCUUGAGAGGCAAAUUGAAAUACUCCAAACAGCUAACCGGAAGCUGCAUGAUAGUAAUGAUGGCCUUAGGAGUGCCCUCGAAAACAGUUAUAGCAAGCUCCAUAGAUCCUUGCGCAUAAAUAAUAUAUCACCAGGGAAUACAAUUUCUAGAAGCACUCCCAAAUUUAGUGGUCACUCUCCUCAGCCUCUGGGCUAUGACAGGUCAUCCCGCUCUUCCUGCAUGGAUGAGGACUGUGACUCGCUGGCCCUCUGUGAUCCUAUGCAGAGGGUGAAUUGUGAAGUUGACAGCUUGCCCGAGAGCUGCUUCGACAGUGGUUUGUCGACCCUGAGAGAUUCCAAUGAGUAUGACUCAGAGGUGGAAUACAAGCACCAGAGGGGAUUUCAGAGGUCACACGAGGUGCAGGAGAGCUUUGGGGGUGAUGCUUCAGAUACAGAUGUUCCUGACAUAAGGGAUGAGGAGACAUACGAUUCGGAAGGUGUGGCUUCCACUGUGGACUGGAAGCCCCAAGGGUCUGCAGGUGAGGACAGCCUCGUUACCUCCUCAAGAAAGCCCAUCUCAGCACUCUCACCCCAGACAGACACGGCGGAUGACAGCCAUAAAUCUUGCUCACAGAAGGCUUACAAGAUUGUGCUUGCUGGGGAUGCUGCAGUGGGGAAGUCUAGUUUCCUCAUGAGACUUUGCAAGAAUGAAUUUCUAGGAAAUACAAGUGCCACCCUGGGAGUUGAUUUCCAAAUGAAGACUCUCAUUGUAGAUGGAGAGCGAACAGUUCUGCAGCUCUGGGAUACAGCUGGUCAGGAGAGAUUCCGAAGCAUCGCCAAGUCGUAUUUCAGAAGGGCGGACGGCGUGUUGCUGCUGUAUGACGUCACGUGUGAGCAAAGCUUUCUUCACGUUCGGGAGUGGGUAGAUAUGAUCGAGGAUGCAACCCAUGAGACUAUCCCUAUCAUGUUGGUAGGAAACAAGGCCGAUCUUCGUGACAGUGCUACUACAGAGGAACAAAAAUGUGUCACAGGAUACAUUGGAGAAAAACUGGCCAUGACCUAUGGGGCGUUAUUCUGUGAGACAAGUGCCAAAGACGGUUCCAACAUCGUGGAAGCUGUCCUCCACCUUGCUCGGGAAGUGAAAAAAAGAACCGACAAGGAUGACAGCAAAUCCGUUACCAAUCUGACUGGGACCAGUUCCAAAAAGUCAACACAUAUGAAGAAUUGUUGCAAUAGUUAAAUACCAAACAUCCUUGGCCUAUGAAGCCUUCAUUUUCAGAAUACUGAAUUUGUGAGACUCCUUUGAUUCUUCAUGGAGCGGUGCAUCCUACUGACACUGCCAUGGGGAGCGUGAAAGCAUGGGAAAUCUGAACCGUGCUCUCGGGUCCCUCCAGAGCCUCAGCUCUUCUUUGUUUUAUCUCAAUGAGUGAUUUGGGCCCUCUGGUUAAGAAGACUUGUCUUGUCCCUACAGAGUCUUAAAAGAGAACAUGUACAUGCUUUUUUUUUUAAGUGGUAAAAAAAUCACAUGCUCAGAUCAAAGUUAUAGAAGAAACUUACGAACAUGGUAUGGUAGCUGACUUUGUAAGUAACCUAGGAUGACAAUUACUUAAAAUAUUUGAUACUUGAGUAUUAGUAAAAGGGGUUCUCCUUCUAGCUUUGCUCUGAACUAGCCUUGUGAUAUUGGACAUUUUACUAGCCCAUGUUGGAUCCGCUUCUUCAUUCAUAAAACAAGCAGCUUGGAACUUUAAGCAGUAGGAAGGCGAACACCGUGACCCACAGGUAGUAAGGACUCUAGUU